AUGCGUUCCUUCUACAGCCUAGCUCUCCUUGCUGCGCCGUUCUUCAGCCUCGCCGUUGCUGAAGACGCUGGGCAGGCCAACACCAUCUAUGCCAAUGCACAGGAAGCCUUCCAUGACUUGCUCAGUGUCAUCCCUGAGGAGUCGCUCCAAGCCGCAUUGACGUCGCUCGGAAAGUUCAAGGAGGGCGUGUUCGAGUCACACCACCGUGGCGUUGAACAUGUACACAACAGCAACCCCGCGCUCGCAACUAAGCUCAUCGUAGCCGCAGUCCAGGACCUCCGUCGGAGACAAGUGAAUAACGGAACAGCGCCUGCGCAGACAAGCGCAACACCGGAGCAGAGCACCCAGGCUGCACAGAGCAGACAGGAAAGCCAGGCAGCCCAGACUACUACUGCACGCACCACCACCACUACAGACCGCGUCGUCCUCCUCCCCGUCGAGGUAACAACGACCAACACACUCGGCAGCACCGUUGUCCAAACCACGGAGAUCCUCAGCCAAGUCACCGCCCAAGUCGCCGUAACCGUAACCAUGACAAACUCGCAAGGCGCCACCGUAACAGCCGUGGAAUCCAAACCCGCCGUCAUCGUCACGACAACCAACUCCGUCGGCAGCACCGUAACCGAGACCUCAACCGCCAACUUCGCCCCCACAGUCGGCGAGGUCAUGACAAGCACCGACUCCUCCGGCUCCACCUUCCUGACCACGUACACUCCUGGAGGCGGCAAAAUUAGCAGCGUCAAGCUCAUCACGACAACGGGCUCCGACGGCCAAAUCGGUACCAUCACCAGCUUCGCCUACAUCGACGCCACGGCCACGGGAGCACAGGCCGGCGACGGUGCCGAACAGACGCCAACUACAGCCAGGCCCGGAUUGCAGAGCGGCGCCGCGCGCAAGAACAGCGCGUUUGAGUACGCUGUGGUCGGUGGAUUGGGAGGAGCGUUUGCCUUGUUCGUUUGA